UUUGAGGAAAUCCUAAAAUAUUUUAUUUAUUUUCUAGGUGACACGCUGCAUCUCUCAGAUAUUGAUAUGAUUGCCGGCACUCCCGUCCUGGACAUUAAACCGUACAUCCCAGAAUACGACUCUCUUAACACGAGGACAGGGCUGGAAUCGAACCCAGAUCUACAGACUGUGUCUGAAGAGAAGGAGGCGAACAUCUCAAGCUUUCAUCUAGAAGACAAAACACCAGGUGAUGAAGAUGAAGAUGAGAUUCUUCACCUGAGAGGGAAAUCUGAAGCAGGUGUUUGUUUAACGCCGCCACAGACUCAGUUUUUUUUACCCAAAGAAGCUGUUAGUUUGCUGAAAGAAGUGGAGUCUUAUGCAAACGAAGCUGAUCUGACACCACCUGACUGUGAGGAGAGAGACAAAGUGUCAGACUGUGGAAAAACGGAACCAGCAGCAGAGAUCGUGGACCGGCCCAGUUAUGGCAGUGAUUCCAGUACAACCAUCGCCGACUGGAUCAGAGAGCCUCCGGUUUCCAGCCUGGAUGUGCGUUUCACCCCCCAAGCUCAGAAACAGCUGGAGGCGUUCCUUCCUGCACAUUCACCUGAACCGUCUGAGUGCGACAGACCCAGGUUUAAGUUUCUGCGCAGUCCGGAGGAGGCCGGCGCCGCCAUCAGGGCUGUGCUGUCAGCAGACCCCAGGUCAGUUUACAGGAGAACCCGAUGCAGAGACAGACUCUUCUUCUUCUCUCUGGACACCGUGGACGUCACCUGCUGGUUUGGACAGGGGUUCGCUGAGGUUCUGGAGAUCCGACCUGUGGGACCACCUGGACCUGAAGAGCCAUGUCUGUAAAACAAUAAACUGCCUGUUAAAUUCUCCUCAUUGCAGUGUCUAUGUGAAGACAAAAUUAUGCAUUUUAUUUUUUUUUUCUCAUGUGAGAUGAAUAAUAAAUGGCUUGAAAGAUG